UUAUUUUAUUUAUCCCCAAGAGUCAGGAAAAAAAAUGUAAGUGCAAUUUUACUCCACAAGAUGGCGGCAGAGUGUCGUUUCAAACACAAAUUGCUAACGGACCAAAGAAAAAAAAAUACAGCGAAGAAGAAUAUCCAAGAUGUCUGCGCCCUUGGUGUGAAGCGGUGGAUUUAUCAAACAAUCUUUUGGGGCGUUUUUAUUAUUAUUUUUUGGGGAAAAAAUAUAUCCAACUGAAACUAGUUUUGUGUCGUGAUAUGGACGGUGGUAAAACGAACGAAAUUGUUGCUUUUGUGACAGAAUAUUCGUUUGGUUCGACUUUGCAAAAAAUCGUGCUGCUUUUUGUGUAAUAUCUUUGAAAUUUACACUUAAUUGUCGCUUGAACCACCUUUGGAAUGUUUAAUUUAAACUUUUCCCAGUCAGUUUGUUGUUGGACAGGUAUAAAUCCAAAAGUUUGCAUGUUUUAAUUAGUUAUUUUUAAAUUAUACAAUUUCCCCAGUAAACCACAGCUUAAAGUAUUUAAUUCAAGUUAUCAAAAUGUCAUAAAUAUAAGUUGUUUUUAUUUUUUUUUAUACAAGGAACGGCUUCAAUACAGUCAGAUUUGUUUUCUUGACGCAUAAAGACUGGUUCAUUUAAUCAAAUUAAUGGCUCACAGAAGGAUUUUACCGCUAAUAUCGAAAGGAAGAGGAUGGAUUUGGCACUGCCAAAAACCCAAACUCUUCAUCAGCCGACCUGUCACGUGCGGCAGAAACACAAGGUCUGUGCACACUGCUUCUCCUCUCAUGAUGAAGCUGCUAUCGGUAGAGGAAAUUUUUGCCAGGAAGUCUUUGCAGCAGCACCUGAAGAAGGUGCAGCUGGAGUACAGUGAGUGCUUACAAGCCGUCAGCAGCAGCACCGCCUCGGAGGAUCGGUGCAGUGAAGACGAACUGAGAGCCAAAAGGACAAAGAUUUCACUGCUGGCUCCUCUGAUCCAGAGCAUAAAGGAGAUGGACAAAAAGCACAAGGAGUUGGCCGAGAAUGAGAUGCUCCUGAAAGAGGAAGAUCAAGCCUUGAGGGAACUGGCGGAACUGGAGAAAGAAGGCUGUUUUCGAGAUAUUCAGCAACUGCGAGCACAGAUCCUGGAUUUGCUGAUCCCAGAGGAGAGCGUUGAAAUGAGCGAUCUAGUCCUUGAAGUUACAGCUGGCGUUGGGGGUCAGGAGGCCAUGCUGUUCACCGCUGAGGUGUUUGACAUGUAUCAGGGUUUCGCUCAGUACCACGGCUGGUCCUUUGACAUCCUGGAGCAUUUGACCAGUGAUUUAGGUGGACUGCGUCACGCCUCUGCCAGCAUCAGCGGGCCUCAGAGCUACAAGAAGAUGAAGUUUGAGGCUGGAGUCCACCGAGUUCAGAGGGUUCCCAAGACUGAAAAGCAGGGCCGGAUGCACACCAGUACGAUGACUGUGGCUGUGUUACCCCAACCCACCGAGAUCUCUUUGACAAUCAACCCGAAAGACCUACGGAUAGACACAAAGAGAGCGAGUGGAGCCGGAGGUCAACACGUCAACACCACAGACAGCGCGGUCAGGAUAGUGCAUCUUCCAACAGGUGUGGUUGCAGAAUGUCAGCAGGAGCGAUCGCAGCUGAAGAACAGAGAAAAGGCGAUGAAAGCUCUGAGGGCGAAGCUGUACAGCAUGAAGCUGGAGGAGGAGACUAGUAAGCGCUAUAACCAGCGCAAAAUUCAGGUUGGUACCAAAGGGAGGUCGGAGAAGAUCCGCACUUACAACUUUCCUCAAGACCGCAUCACGGACCACCGAAUCUCUAUCACAGUACACGAUGUAAAAAGUUUCCUGCUGGGGGAAGAUCUGCUGGAGGACAUGAACUCAUCACUGCAGGAGUUCUCCGACCAGGAAGCACUGAUGGAGCUGCUUGAAGAGAGCGAGCAGGAGGAGCAACAAAAGCCAUGAAAUUCCAUGUUUUCAUGCUUAGGCGUGACUCUAAUAAUGGUCAUUUUUUCCUCCGGUUUAAAAAAAUAUUCAGCUACAUAUUAUUUAAAAUAAGGUAAUGUAAAGACAUGAAGAUGGAAUUCUAUUUCACAAUAAAUACCUGAGGUCUGA